AUGGCAGAAGAAGGCGCUUUUGGCGGGUUUCGACCCGAUAAUAGAAACCCGGAUACCUACGGAUGGAAAAGCUACAAUGUGAAGGAAGUGGUUUCCGAAUUCGGUACUCACUUACAGUGCUUUUUUUGUAUGGAUGAUAGCGAUCAAUCAUACCGAAUAUUAUAUGUAUUUUUUUAUGUACUAACUUGUACAGUUUUUUUGAUACAAGGAAGUUAGUACAAAGUUUUUUUGAUACAAGUUAUAGUAAUACAACCUCGUGACAACCGAUGCAGGAUUCCUUAUCUCCUGACAAAAGGAGGCGACGCAACAUUCCCUCGAAAACGUUUCCUAGGUGUCCAGGCGCACGCUUAUACAGAACGGGUGGUCUUGGAAUAUAUGAGCGAGCAGCCGGAGCUUCAGCCCUACAUUGCGCGGCUGACGAGUGCCGCGAUUCAGACCAGCGGAGCUGCAACAUCGGGCGGCUCCUCCUCGAGAGGCGGAGGCGGAACAUCGGGGUCAACAAGCAGAGGCACUUCUGCGUCAAGUAGCUCGUCUUCGAGUAGUAGCUCGAGUAGUAGCAGUAGUAAAAGUAGCAGCACUAAGAGGCCAGGAAGCGCGAGGAGCGACAGUAAUCUAGGAUCGAAAGUGAACUUGGCACUAAAAUUGCAGCGGGUCAAGGGAGCAAGCCUUCACGAUAUCGUAAACGACGAAAAGCGGGAAAUUACGGUAGCUACAAUUGAUAGAAAAAUGAUCAAAAACGAGUCGUCUGAUGUGUUUUGAUUCAGAUUCUUGUAGUAUUUUGUGCUUCUCAUGUCGUGAAGAACAAGAAAAGUUUUUCCGUGCAGUCGUCACCACUAGAGACCUGUCGAAUCCGAUCAUUCGGGAAAGAAUUCCUGCAUAAUCAAUGUGAUGUUUCUUUUUCACACGACCCACGACAGGUAGAGGAGGGCAUGCGAUGGAGUUGCAAGUUAGUGGAGGCAUUUGCACUGCUACAUAGUCGGUUUAAGAUAUCCCACGGCGACCUGAAGCCUGAUAAUAUCAUGAUAGACGCGAAAAAGAAGAGUUCGCCAACAUUGAUCGACUGGGGUGCGGCCAGGUGGGGUAGCAACACAGAGAAAGUAAGACGGGCACAAGGCAAUGCGAGCUGUUCUGGUCCGCAGCUGUUGAAAUGCAUAGCGCGAAAAACCCAGUACGACAGCAUCAAGAACGACGUCUAUGCGCUCGGUAUUUCUUAAGAGCUUUCUUUCAGACUUGAUGAUGCACUCGCUCUUUGUGGACGCCUAAUAGCGAUGGUUUUUCUGGAUUCUUAACCCCAUGCAUAGUCGAAACACUCUACUGCAACAUUAGAAUUCAAGUUGCACUCCAGUUUGAGAUUGCAAGUUCUUGGCCCCUUGCCCUUGUUCCUCACGCUUUAACGUCAUUGAGCUUCGUUCAACAUCCCACAGGUAAUAUUCUUUCGAUUAUUUGGACGGCAGUGCAUAACAGAAGAAGCCUUUGUAGUGUGCUGGGAAAGCUCUGGGAUCAAAACGUACCCAACGUGGCACCGACGAAUCUCUUCAAGGUUUAUGAGUAUUGCCUUCUGGAAGCCGAGGCGACAGGAUAGUACUAAAAACUUCCAUAGUUCAUCUUGUUCUCAUGCAAAUUUUUACCACCUGGUUUGGCUUGACCUAAAGUUGAACUCCUUGCUACAAAAAAUACAUUUGUUCGCCUUUGGCAUUUGAAACAUGAGCUUUACAACUUCGUGAUACAACUUAACUAGAUGAAUAUAUUGUAUCCACAUGAAUCAUCUUGGAUCACACGACCACAGCACCCAUCUUUCUGGCGUGCCCUCCUUUUGGCGACGAUGGAUACUGCUUUUCACGCGAAAAGUAGAAAAGGAACGUCCGAUGGUGGCAGAUUGCCUUGAGGAGUUGCGCGCAGGAGCAGCAGUGGCGAAGCAUGGCUUUAGAUACGAGACUCGAAAUUUCGUAGACCACUUGCUGCCGCUCGACCCGCUGCCGGACCCCCCGAUGGAGGCGGAUGAUGAGGACAGCGAAGAGGACGAUGCGAUGAUGGCAUCAGCGAGCGAGAGGAGCAAGGACUUCAGUAAUGUGGAAGAAAUCUUUGGCAGCAGCUCUAUGAGUACGUCCACGGGUAGCGGCACGCUGCUUUUCAAGAACGCCUCGGGUGCAGCAAACCGAAACUACAGCAACAAGAACAAAAAUAAUAGUACCACAACUUCUAAGCAGCAAAUCCUAGGAGGCAACAGUACUAGGAGUAGUACUAAGACGAGAAAACAAGGCCAAGGAACCAGCAACAAGAGCGCAGGAGGCUCAGCAAGCAGUGCGUUCUCAAGCGCAGCGAGCUCGAGAAAAGCCAGUCCAAUGGCCUCGGACGACGAGGAGUUCUCAACGGAUUCCCGCUUCUCGGUUCGCAGUGGUAGCGCUUCGCAGUCGUACCUCCUCGACGCUCCGCAGGACCCGUUGCCACCGCUGCGAGAAAUCGUCGAAAUGUGGCCCCUUGGGGUAUAUUUUACCGUUUGAUCCUUGUCAUGAAAGCAAAAACAUUUGAUAAAGAAAAAGAGAUCACCACCUUUUGAUCCUUUCAUUUUAUAAUCAGUUGCUAGCGCUAAACCCUCGGUCUUCACAGUAUAGGUAUUAAUUUUACUCAGCUUUUCACCGCAACUGGGGUCCAUCUCUUAGCGCCUUUAUGAGAAAUAUAUAUUGAUUACUCUGAAGGCCUAAAGCUAAAUGAUCAUUUCGUUCUUUCAAAUAUUUUCAGAGCAAGAAGGGUCCUGCGAGGUCAGGCGUUAUCAAGGGCUUUUCGAAGGCGGGUCGCGUACAGCAAGAGCGUGCAAAGAUUAUGGCCAAUAUGAAUGUUUCAUUCUAAGACGAAUUCGAAAAACUUCAAUAUUUGCUUUUGAAUUCACUCGCUCAUCUAAAUUUCAGUUUUUCGAAUUCCUAGACUCCUCGAAGCCAAAAUGAAAUGACCCUACCCUUUCUAAGACAUGCGUGACUAACUUACUGAAAAGUAAGCGCCAGAUCGCUCGCCUGAAGUAAUAUUUCAAGUUGGGCUAUUAAUACGUGGCUCCGGAGGGUGGAGGACGAUAUUGUUUGUGCGACAUCAGUCACGAGGGAGCGACUGCGACACGGUGCGAGUAAAAGUUCAUCUCAAUAUCGAAUCACGGACGACAACUACUUACUUUCUCUACUUCAACAGCGUUAUCUCACAUUCUUAAAUCACAUUUACGGGUUCGAUAUAAAUCCAAUCUUCACCAAACCUUGUACAAUAUAUUUUAGUUCUUCGAUGUUGGAUAUUUCUACCUGGGAAUAAGUUUGUUGAGAUCAAAAACGCGGGCCUCGGGAAUUUAUUUGUACCUCAACUUAUUGUUAACGAAGUAGUCAAUUUGAAGAUCGUAUCUAGAAUUCAACAUUGUGUUUGUCGUUGUAGUGUCGUGCGCAGGAUGAACACAUGAAAUACGACCCUAUUAUUGUUUUGAUCAAUUUAAUUGUUGUGUACCUACUUGGUAGAAAACUUGAAAAGUAGUUUCUUUCAUGCAUGAUGAUGAUCAUCAUGCACUGAUGUAGCUGAUUGAAACGUCGUUUUAUAGUGUAGAACAAGUAAUUUUACGCACCUCCAACAGGAGCAGAAUCUACGUAGUGUUGAAAUAGACUUUGACGUUAUCAUAUUUUUCGAUUCGGAUUCCACUGUUGUAGACGUAGUUCGAAAAGAAUAUUAAGUAAACAGAUCGAUGUGUAUGUUGAUCCUUGAUCCCAUGUAUUCUACAGCUAUCCUAUUUGGUUGUUUUUUUGUUUGAGUAUCUAUGUAACUGGUAUUAAAAGUCCCAUCGACAGUUUCGGAAUACUGAUCUUCUGGGCAUCUUCCUACCAUACCAUCUAUGUAACUAACGAGGGCGAGCCUGUUCCUGGGUGAUUUUCUAGGCCGAUCACUUAUAGUAGUUGAAUCACUUCUAGUAGCUGAGUCACAUCUUCUAGAAGACAUCUACUGGGCGUCAACUUUUGGUUUUGGACAGAUUUACAGUUUCGCAACCUGCUGGUCAAUGUAAUCACUUUCCCCGACAAGAAUCAAUGAGUUUUACGCCAACGCCGAGUCCUCAUAAGAUAAUCUCUGUGUAGAUGAUCCCGACGAUGUACUACAGAUGAAAGGGACCCUGGGUACUGAUGUACUCUCCUUAUAGUGGACUUACUGCAUAAGGGGACAACGUACUGUUGGACUCUCCUUCAUACCAUGAUCCUUGGAGGCAAGAGCACUACAGGGAGGAGGCUCCAGAUGCUAAUGAGGUCAACGUCCUCUGGGUGAAAGCGAGGAGACUCCGACUCACGUCACUGGGCGAGGAGACCUAGGCUAUGCUAUGGCUUGUGAUCAUUUGAAUACAAGGAAAGAGUAGUGUCUUCACAAAAUAGAAAUGUGAAGCACAAGAGCGCAGUAUUGUGAGUAAAAAUGAAUUGUUGACGCUUUCGGAGCUCUCUAUCCUCAGAGCUAUUCCCUCGGUCACAUUUUAAG